AUGAAAUACCGCUUACAAAGCCGAGUUAGGCCGUGUGGCUUGGCGACCGGCACGUUAAGAGAAAUGGACAUGGGGCCAAGGGGUGCACCGCUAGAGUCAAGCGCUGCCUCGCUAAAAUAUUAUGAUAUUCCGGCUUGUUCAAGCCACUGGUCUACUGGUCCUACUGUCUGGGAUCUCGCAUUGAGAUUGCUUUUUAAACAUCGCAACCCUGUGCACGCACCCAAGUCACUUUUCCAUAUGCGGCAUGACAUACGAUCCAUCGAUCUUCUCUGCUGGGAUCUAUUCGAACGUAUCUGCCUGCCCCACCUGGAAGCAAAAUCGACGUCAAGGGCAUUAUUUCGCUUCUUAAGGAUCCCUGCCUCCCCUAAUCCUGUUGUCCCCUACCAGGCGCCCACACUGAAUAAGGCCACUAGCUGGAUUGACAACAGCGACCCAUCAAGCUAG